UGCCAAACAAGUCCUAGCAACCAUUAAUAAAUAAUGACAGUUCUCAUGGCAGCAUUGAAAAUAAAAAAUAAUAAAUUUAAACGUGCCAAUCAUCAAACCAAGAAGUGAAACAACUCGAAAUAAUUUUAAAACAAAGAACUUCGAAGAAUCAUCAGGCGAAAGCAAAAUGUUUUGGGGACUCAGCGAAGCGCUUGAUCUUUACCAAGAAUAUUGCAAAGCGUUAAAACUACAACCAAACGAGUAUGAUACCGAAAAUCAGGCAGAAUCCAAUGAAGAAGAGGCGGAAUCACAAACAGCUGGAGCUGAGACAGCAGAAGCUGCAGAUAAGGAAACACACAGCGCAAAAGGAGAUAAUGGCGCUGAUGGCGAUGCAACAGGCGCGUCCAAACAACUCAAUAUACUGCUCUUUGGAGCUGGCGAUCCGCGUCACAUCAUCAAAACAAUGGCGAAAAUGUACCAACGCAAAGGCAGUCGCGUCUCAUUCUAUGUGCUCGAUGGUUGCAUAGAGAUUGUGGCGCGUAACAUGUUGCUGCUCGGCAUAGCGCUCGAGCAUCCGGAAUCAUUUCACUUACUGCGUAAGGUGCACCUCUUCAUGGACGUAUUUGGCAAUGCGCUGAUGCGUCCCUCCACCCACCAAUAUUUGAUUGGCAAAGCAAAAGCAAUGCUGAAAAUGAUCACCGAUGAUGAGGAGUUGCAGCGGUUGGCGCCCUUACUGAACAUUGAAGGACUGAGAUAUCGCGAGCGCGAUGGUUUGGAGAACACAUUCAACUUUCUGCUGCCACGCGAGGGUUACGUAUUCAACGUGCAGGAAUAUUGGACCGAACGCGUGCGCAAAUUGUUGACCACGCGCUAUGAUUAUCGUGAUGGCUCAUUCGAUUGGGAUUUAAAUAUGGUCUUGAAGGACCGAGAGGCCGGGCAAAUAUGCUCGCAGGAGUACCGUUAUUGGCGUGAAACCGGCAUCGCUUUCACUUACCCCGAAUAUGAGCAGUGCAAACCGAAUAAAACGCUCGUCGCUGGGUUGGUGCGCAAUGGUGAGAAGUAUGUGCAUCGUGGUUACGCCGGCGACAUACAGACGGGUCCAUUUUGUACAUUUGGGCUCAGCACCACGGAUAAGCAAAUGAUGAACUCUGUGCAUGGCGACAAUGACUAUCGCGCUACGGACAUAACCGAACGAAAUCUGCUCGAGUACUUUCAUGAAUUGCAAACGCGCACCGCUUACACGCAUGAUCGUAAGAUUUCGCGUAAAUACGGUUCGGUCAAAUUGCUAAUGGGCGAACGGCUCACAUUUGACGAAUGCGAUGUGGAUGCAAUGCGCGAAUAUGAUAAACCCUGGAUACAGGUGGCGCAAUGUAAGGUAUUUUUCCUCUCGGCCGACGAUAUUUUCAACCUACAAAAUGUGAGCGCCAAUGAAAACUGGCGCAACUUCUUCGAUGUGGUUUUUGUGGGACACAAUUUCUUUCCAUUUUUGAAGAGCAAUUUCGCAGAUGUGCUGCGUGCUAAUGCGUUGCUCAUUUUGGAGACUAAACUCUUGACGGUGGCGCGUAAGGAGGUGGUACAUGAAUUCGAAGAGAAAUUGAAGUCGUAUGCGAAGUUGUUAAAUUUAAAGCCGGUGCUCAAUUAUAGUGCCUUGAAUUCGAAAAAUAGUAUUUUGAAAUAUAAGAAGAUUGCUGAAGUGGAGAAGACGAUUAAGUAA